AUGGCUUCCGAUGUUGCAUUCUACGCUGAGCGCCUCGCUCACAAGGAGCACGAACUCACUGAAUUUCAAGCCGCCUUCAAUAAGUAUAAACUCAAGACGAAAGUCAAAUUUGAUCAACUACGUAAGGAAAAUAACGCGUUGCUUUUGAUUCGCCUAGCUGAAAAUGAGACGGCAAUGGAGGCGGCUAAUCGAGAGGCCGAGGUUUUGAGGAAGGAGCUGUCCAGAAAGCAGACUCAACUCAAUGAUCAGCAAAUCUUGAUUAAGAACAUGGAAGAACAGCUCCGUACUUUGCAACCCCUCAGCUCAGUUGAAAUUCAGGAACGAAAACGUGCAGCUCAAAUGCUCGACAUGGAUCGAAUCCAUCAGCAAAUGCUCUUCAAGGACGAACGAAUUGUUGAGUUGAACAAUGUCAUCCUGGACAAGGAGAGGCAGAUCCUUGAUUUACAGGAGUUAUGCCGCGAACAAGGCGAAGUUGCCAGUGUGACAUCACAGGCAGCGCGAAUCGUCCAAAGGCAGUGGGAGGAUAAGAAUCGUGAAAGACGUGAAGUUGGUACGGAAACGGAUGCGUCGCUGUGGAGCGCAGUCAGGCCAGUGCAGGAGAGUCGUGCUCGUAGCGAUUCUCCAGGGCGAGCUGUACCUAGUAGAGGAACAGCAAACACUUCACCUCCUCCCCUCGACCCCAGCGAAGCGCUCGAGCGAUCCAACAGGCGAGAUGACGAUGAAGAUCUUCCGAACACAUCAAGCUCUUUUUUGGGUAAAAGUCUUGAAUGGGAUUCGAGCCUUCGGAAGAAAAAUCGGAAACGUGUGACGUUCGAUCUGAUCUCGACAUUCCAACAACCGCUGCAACCGAUUAAGUCUCCAUCUGGAGAACAAGUGAAUGCUUUACUAGAACUCACUGAAGAUAACGAACGGUUGCGACGAGAACUACUCGAAGCAAGCACUAAUCUUGACCGGUUACAGACUAGACUGAAUGAGUCUAACCCCUUGAAAUUUAGUUGUUCCGUCUCUGAAUUUAAGCUAUUCUGGUGUAUUUUUUUCACUUCUCUCUCUUUGACCUUCAUUGCUGAGGAAUAUCUGACAUUCGAAUUUCAGGUUGAUGCUGAAAUGACAAGAGUAGUUCGUGACAGCAAAACCCAAUCGCUGAAAGCCCGAGCGGUGGCUCAAGGUCGAAUCAAGGAACUUGAAGACCGAAUGGCCGAACUAAAAGAACACCAUGCAGAACAGGUGGACCGUCUGCAGACGGAAAUCGAAAGCCUGAGAAGCACUCGGGAAUGGGAAGUGGAACAGAAUGCUCAACUGCGGGAGCAGUUGAAUGAGACUAAGACAAAAAAUCACAAACUGACAGAAGAGUUGGAUGCCAGCGAGAAAGCUAAUCGAGACUGGGAAGUUAAGGUAUCUCAAGGCGAAGAAUUCCUGGAUCAGCUGAUAGAGGAUCUUGCUGAGGCCGAGGACAUCAUCAAUUAUAUGGAGCAGCAGAAACACAGCAUACUCGACGACGUCGAUAAACUAAAAGAUGCCAUCAUCGCUCAAGACCAGUUGAUCGAAAUUCUUGAAGCGGACAUUGUCAUCUAUGAAGAACAUAUUGGUAUUUUGCGUGAAUCUCUUGGAGCAUCCAAGAUCGAUCAUCGCUCUCUUCUACGAUCUAAAGCGUUUGAGACAAAAUUGAGGGCACUUGAGAAGGAGAAGGAACAAAUCGACAGGCGAUCGAAUGGUGAGUUGUCCUAG